CCCAAGUUAGUGAAAUGUAAUAGCAUGUGCAAUAGUAAUGUAAUAGCCCAUGUAAAAGACAUGGGCUCGUUUUGUAGAUUUUGUUCUUCAAUGGCAACAUUUAGAGGGCGAUCAGGCCGAAAUAGCAAAAGAUUUCGUCAACAAACAUGCUGCCGAGUUCAACAGACAUGGCGACAACAUUGCAUCGGCGAUGGCAAUUCCGUGCGAUGCAGGAUUCCACCGCAUUUGUUAUUCGAGAUUUACUGACAAGCAACACAUUUUACGAGUAACUCAACGGAUGACGAAGAGCAGAGAAAUGGUUGCCAGCAGCUCUGCUUGUACAGGUAUAUGGAAGAGAAGCCUUCAACCCACUCCAGAGAUCCCACUACCUUCUAACCAUGGAUGGAAGAUGGAAAAUGGCAACCUUCUCAUCAAUUGGAUGACCCUUCCACCAGCACCAGAUAGUGUCAUGGAGUUUGCCAACUGUUCUGGAAGUUGCACGAAGAACAAAUGCAGCGAUACCAACACCUGUACUUAUUGCAGAACACUGUUUCAUGUAUUGAUCUCUGUAAGUGUGCCAGAGAGAACUGUAACAAUAUAACUGGACAUGCUCACCUCGAUGAUGAAGAUGAAGAUGACGAGUUAUCUGAUCCUGAAGAAGAUUAGAGCAAUUAUUUGACUGUCUAUGAUUACAGUAGAGAGACUGGGGCCAUAUGCUUGAUAGCCAAGUAUAUUUUGUUUCUUUGAAGCACUUGUGUCAGGGAUUAUUUUUCUUAUUCAUAGUAUUACAGAAUCGCACAGAUGGACUUGAAAAGCUGCUUUUAUAAAUAUGUGAGUACAAAGACUUGCAUCAAUAAGCCACAGUGCUGCGUCAAUGAAACAAAAUAUACUUAAUAUACUAUGCAGGUUGUGCCAAUGGCCCAUUAUUGGUUUGCAUCAUUGUAUCCUGGAGAGAAAAGUUUAACAUAGAGUGGAUGGACUCUU